AUGUGUUUGUUUGUUUGUUUGUUGGAUUUUAGUAACAAAUGGCAACGAACGGAGCAGCUGAGACCCUCGCUCACGCAGGAAGUGAUACGACCUCGCCGGACGGAGGCCACGUCGCUCGCUCGUGGAAGGGGACGAGGUAAAGAGGGGCAACGGAGGGCGGCCAAUCCCAAAUCUGACCCGGCGCCGGUCAGGGCGGCGACAUUUUACGGAAUGUCCAGAAAAACACGGCAGCUGUGGACGAUUCGGGUCGAGCUGGAAAACGCGGUCGAAUCCGACAAUUUGAUUCCCCGACCCGAGUUACCGGAGUCACCGGAAAGACGAGACUCGGAGGAUUCGCUCGACGGACUCGUGGAGGUGAAAGUCCACGGAGAUUCCGUUCACGCCGCCAACGCUCGCCUUUCGGGUCUCCGCUGCGUCGACAUGGCCGCCGGUCGAGACGACUGCGAGGGCGAGGACCCGAGGAGGCGGCGCCGCCGGACGAGCGAAGAGCCAAUAGGAGAGCAGCGGUUGGCGGCGGACAUGAUUUACACCAUCGAGGACGUGCCGCCCUGGUACCUGUGCAUCCUGCUGGGCCUGCAGGUACGGCGCAAAGACGGCGGGCCGUGCGACGGCACGCGCGCACGUGUGACCCGCGCCGUGUGUCCAGCACUACCUGACCUGCUUCAGCGGGACGGUGGCCGUGCCCUUCCUGCUGGCCGAGGCCAUGUGCGUGGGCCAGGACCAGAACGCCGUCAGCCAGCUCAUCGGGACCAUUUUCACCACCGUGGGAAUCACCACGCUCAUACAGACCACCGUGGGAGUCAGACUUCCUCUGUUUCAAGCGUCCGCUCUCGCGUUCCUGAUUCCCGCGCAAGCCAUCCUCAGCCUGGAAAGGUGGACGUGCCCCAGUCGAGAGGAGAUUUACGGCAACGGGAGUUUCCCGCUGGACACGUCGCACGUUUGGCAACCCCGCAUCAGAGAGGUGUCCGUCCGGCCGGCCGUCUUCGAUCCUGCGAUCGACGGGAACGUUUGACGUGUGCGUGUGCGUGUGCGUGUGCGCGCCCGUCAGAUCCAGGGCGCCAUCGUGGUAUCGAGCACGGUGGAGGUGGCGAUCGGCUUCCUGGGACUCCCCGGCGUCCUGCUGGAGUACAUCGGCCCGCUGACCGUCACGCCCACCGUGUCGCUCAUCGGCCUGUCCGUCUUCACCGCGGCCGGCGAGCGCGCCGGAUCGCACUGGGGGUUCUCCGCGCUGUGCAUUCUCCUCAUCGUGCUGUUUGCACAAUACUUGCGGACGACGUCGCUUCCUGUUCCGGUGUGCACCGGGAAGAAAGGCCUGAGCUUGAGCAGGGUUCACGUCUUCAAGAUGUUUCCCAUCAUCCUGGCCAUCGUCCUGGUGUGGCUCCUGUGUUACAUCUUCACCCUCAGCGACCUUCUGCCCAGCGACCCGCGACGUUACGGCCACAAGGCGCGCACCGACGCCCGCGGGGACAUCAUGUCCUCCGCGCCCUGGUUCAGGGUGCCGUACCCCUGCCAGUGGGGGGUGCCGGUGGUGACGUUGGCGGGGGUGUUGGGCAUGUUCAGCGCCACCCUGGCGGGCAUCGUGGAGUCCGUCGGCGACUACUACGCGUGCGCUCGCCUCGCCGGGGCGCCGCCGCCUCCGAUCCACGCCAUCAACAGAGGAAUCUUCACCGAGGGCGUGUGCUGCAUCAUCGCGGGACUCUUGGGCACCGGAAACGGAUCCACGUCCUCCAGCCCCAACAUCGGCGUGCUCGCCAUCACCAAGGUGGGCAGCCGUCGCGUGGUCCAGUACGGCGCCGGCAUCAUGUUGCUGCUGGGAUGCGUCGGAAAGUUCACGGCGCUGUUCGCGUCCCUGCCAGAUCCCAUCCUGGGAGGGAUGUUCUGCACGCUCUUUGGGAUGAUCACGGCGGUGGGGCUUUCCAACCUGCAGCUGGUGGACCUCAACUCGUCCCGCAAUCUCUUCGUGCUGGGCUUCUCCAUUUUCUUCGGCCUCACGCUGCCCGCCUACCUGGACGCGCACCCCAAAUCCAUCGACACGGGUGUGGAGGAGCUCAACCAGAUCCUGACGGUUCUUCUGUCUACCGAGAUGUUUGUGGGAGGCUUCCUGGCCUUCUGCCUGGACAACACCGUUCCAGGGUCGAGAGAGGAGCGCGGCCUCCUGCGGUGGAGCGCCUCGACGUCCUCGUCGCCCUCGUACGACUUCCCCGCGGGGAUGGCGCUGGUCCGACGGGUCGACUGCCUCAGGAGGCUGCCCGUCAGUCCCACCUUCAGGGGGUGGGGCGCUUCCGGAGACCGAGAGCGAGGGGCGGAGCUCGCGGAGGAAGAUGCCGACGCCUCGACCAAAGUUUAACGUGUGUCGCUGGAGGUUUUGGAAUGUACCGCGUGACACCGCUGCCUGCACACAUGCGCACUGCCUUUUGAAUUUUUGUGGAUGUAGAAUGCGCGCACCCAACAAAGGUCAUGUGUCAUGUGUGUAAAAGGUAUUUUCAUGUGUUGAUGUCUUGUGAGCUGUAUUUUCAUUCGUAAUAUUUUGAUCAACUUAUACACAUAAUGUACGUUCUUAUUAUCUAACGCGUGAUGUUUCAUAUGUGAUGCUUGAGAUUUUGAGGCCUAUACAACACAUUAUCAGUGUGAUUUUUCUUUUCUUGAAACGCCAGAUUUAGACUGUGAAAUAUGUGCAUGAUACAAAAUCUAAAAUCCCCCAAAUAUUUGUUUUGUCCAAAAACACCAAUAAAGGCUCCAGU